AUGGGGGACCAACCUUGUGCCUCCGGGAGAUCCACGCUCCCACCAGGAAACACGCGGGAACCCAAGCCUCCAAAAAAGCGCUGUGUCCUGGCUCCGCGGUGGGAUUAUCCUGAAGGGACUCCCAGUGGAGGUAGUACCACUCUCCCCUCGGCGCCUCCUCCGGCAUCUACUGGACUCAAGUCGCACCCUCCUCCUCCGGAGAAGUAG